AUAGGAGGGAUGAAGCCAGCAGAUAUCAGAUUCUCUCUUCAGAGACCUCCACAGCAUCGACACCAAAUUAUGGCACCUACAAUCACGGCAGCAAUGACCAACUCUGAGGAUCAUCUGACUUUGAAGCACAAGCGCAGAAAGCCUCUGGUGGAGAAGUUACGCAGAGAGCGAAUUAACAGCAGCAUUGAGCAACUCAAAUCUCUUCUGGGUCCAGAGUUCCUCAAACAGCAGCCAGACUCCAAGUUUGACAAAGCAGACAUCCUGGAGAUGACAGUUAGCUUCCUGACACAGCAGCUGCAGCAGAACCAGCAGCAGAGGAGUCAGCUGAAUCAGCGUAAACAUCUUGAGGCUUCUUUGGAUGACAACCUGAAAGAGGCGGAAAUCUCUCUGAGCUCCACAGUUCUGACCAGCACAGACGAGGACACAGACCUUAGAGUUCUGUGGAGGCCCUGGUAGACACCUACGGACUAAAGCUGUUAUUAGACUGUAUAAGAAGAUCACAUUAGUAAAACAUGUCUAUCCUUAGAAACGCUGAUUACUUUUUUAUUCUGUUUAAACAGAGCUAUUAUGAUGUAAAUACAUUUUGUUGUUUUGUUUUUUUUGUUACAUUUCCUAGUGGAAAUGGCUGUAGCAUCUUUUGUGUUAAGAUGGAAAAUAAUCUUAUCCUGCAUGUUGGAUGAAACUUCACUGAUUGAAUAGCAAUUUCUUUUUACUUUGCUUCAGGGCAAAUAAUAAUAAUACUGAUAAGAUGUAUGAUGUUUGUAUCAGUAAAAAGACCAUAUUGGUCAAAGAUACUGAACUAAAUGCUUUGACAUUUUAAGAACCUGAUCUUCUGUUUGUGCAGAAGAAUUGCUUCUAUUUUUGAAGUCUUGUUAUUAAGUGCAAGAUAUAAUUUUCUCAGGAAAUAACAUGAAAUGUUUUGAUGCAUGUUGCAUGGAACAAUUAUUUUUGUCAAGUAAAUGUUUUAAUAUCUGGCUGUACUUUAAGUACAGUAAUGCUAAGGUAGCACUUGCUACAUUUUGAUUUCUAUUUAUUGCCGUGAUGAGAAAUGAAGGACAAGUUUCAUUAAUGGACUUUAAAUCUCUUUGAUUACUUCAAACUGAUCUUUUUAAGAUCAUUAGGCUAGGUUAAUGCUUUAAUUCUUAAAGGUUUAAUGAUAACACAAUUUUAAUAAUUGUACUUGCUUUUCUGUGAUUGACACAGAGCACACUGAUCAUUUUUGAUCAGAUAAUAUAGAUGUUCUUUUGCUGAACAUUUUGUCAUCAUCACUUUAUGGGAUUACCGAAAGAUGAUGAAUAUUCUAAGGUCAAUUUACUUGUUAAAUUGUUUUUCAGGUUGAACAGUUUUGAGUGGAUAAUAUUCACUUCAUUAAACUAAAUUUAGUGCUUGUAAAGAUUUAAGUGAUCGGUUUAGGUCAGAAAGAAGAUUAUACACAAGAUUUACAAAAAUUCAAAGAACAGUGAGUUCUCAAAGUUGUUUAUCUUUUAUAAAGAUGUUGUUCCUUUACUCUCUGAGUACACUGUGUCUUGUAGAAAUCUGCAAAUUGUUGUUUGAUGUUUCAUCAGAUUUAUUUGGAGUUUCAUGACUGUAAAGUGUUUAAGUUAAUAAACACAACCUAACUCUCAA